AUGGAGGACAAUCCCAUGUGCCGCCUCUCGUUGUCGGGCAGCAGAAGCGGCGAGCUCCAGCCUCCCAUGGUGCCGCCAUGCAUCCCCUCCAUCGUCGAUCUCCUCUCCGACCAUGAUCUCCCCUCAUCAGUUAGCUUGUCUCCGUUCCACCCUAUGCCUGUUUGUUUCAACUCUUUAAGAGGGCCAGGUUUCUUCCACUAUCAUGUGCCCUCGCCGCCGAAUCCUUCGGCAGGAGGCAUCGACGACGAGUCCCAUCACAUCCGCACGUUCUCGGAUGCCCCUUUUUGCUCCAUGAAUUCCAUUUAUCUACCCGGGUCAAUAGAUAUACCCUUUACCCCAUCUUUGGUAGGAUUCAAUCAAGGGAUGUAUGGCCAGCCACCGGUUUUGGCAGGGCAUAAGAAGUCACAGAGUGACAGCACUGUGGGAUUUUCGCAAGAAAACCUGCAAUUGUCACUUGCAGCACCGGUUAAGAUGGAGGUUACCAUGAUUCAGGAGCAUCAAUCAAGGGGCAUGAUGGUCACCACCCCCGACAACCUCGUUGACUCAAACAAGGGCCUGAUCCUGCGCGGCUCCCCCAGCAAUGGCAGCCGAGAGCAGAUUGAACAGGAGAACACGCCUAUUGGACGCACCGUGAACGGCAGCAUGCCUCGCCAUCGCCGCACCUCGUCGAUGAACAGCAGCUUCAUGACAAGGAACCUUGAUCCAGGCGCCGGCGGCAGCUUGACGCAGGGUGGAAGAAGGUCCAUCGGUGGCAGCGACACCGCUCUCGUCGCUGCGAAUGUCAGCAGUGGGAAAUUCAGUGAGGCCGAGACGAAGACGAUCAUGGAGAGUGAGCACCUCUCGGAGCUCAUGCUGACUGAUCCGAAGAAGGUCAAGAGGAUUCUGAACAACAGGAAAUCUGCUGCGAGGUCCAAGGAGCGCAAGCUGAAGCACAAGAUUGCGCUUGAACGCAAGGUGCAGCUGCUGCAGAUGGAGCUCACUAAGUUCUAUGAACAAUUGGCAGUGUUGCAGAGGGAAUGCACUGAGCUUUUAGCUGAAAACAAUGAACUGGAAAUCAGGUUACAGGCAGUAAGGCGUCAAGCACAGAUCAGUCAGGCUAUAUAUGAUGCAACGGCAGCUGAGGGGAUUCGAUUUGCUGUUCUUGCUGGGUUAAUCAAUGAUCCUCGUCAAGUGCCAGAUGUUUCACACCUACAAAUGAGCACUCAGAUGAUCCAACAACUGCUGCAGCCGCAACCAUCACAAACCCAGCAAAAUCAGCCACAAGAAAGCUGGAAAUUUUGGGGUGAUUCGUUAUAG